AUGAGCACCGCCUGGGCCUUGAUACGAAGUGCAUUCUUAUCGAUCAAAGAAGCUGUGGUGAAUCUUCAUCAUCGCCAAUUGCCAGAUCUCCUGGCUAUUUUGCUCAUGCUGCAGCGCAAUAAGCACACGGAUCCCAUCCAUGAGUCCAUGACCAGAUAUCUUCACCUUACCGCAAGAAAGUACUUAUUCCAAGAUAGUCCAGUUCGGGCCGUGUUUGAAUCCUUACCGGGGUUACCGAAGGACCCUGCUGGACACCUUUUCCUUGCGUACGAUGCCUAUUGUCGGGCAAUUUGGAAGCAUAACACGGGAGAUGGUGGAAUAAAAGCUCUCUGGUCUUUCAAUCAAGCCAGCUUUCCACGUGCCGAAGAGGGAGGAUUCUAUGAAAUUUUAAAAGGCAUGCAGCCAGAGGAUAUUGAAAUUCAAUUGCGAUUGGUCGAAGAAGACUGGGGCCCCUGCAGCACUGAGACCUUCAGCUUGUGGCACAUGGUGGCUCAAUGGUUCUAUCGAAAUGGAGAGUUUCGAUACAUGGAGUCCUUUCUCCAACAGUUGUGUGCUCGCGUCCACGGUCUUGAGAAUGAGUUCAACUAUGCCGAAGAUCAUCAGCUAAAUUUCAACUGUAUGAUGAGCUUUUCUCUACUAGGGGUGGCUCAAGAGUCACAAGGAGACCUGAUUAGUGCAAUGGUCGCAUUGCACCGAUCGAUCGCUAUUCGAAGCCAAAUCAUUCCGAAUGGCAUGUGGGAUCCCGGCAAGUUGGCUGCAUUGCGAAAAUUAAGAUCGAUCGUCCAAAGACUUGGCGAUGCCGCUCAAGCAAGUUAUUGCACAGAGCAAAUUGACAGCAUGUAUGCAUCCCAAGAGAGAGAAGACAGACAAGAGCAGCAACUAUCGGGCGCUAGGAGAAAUUGA